AUGGCGGCGCACGCGAGGGCUUCGGGACGCCCUGGCGGCGCUGGUGCGGCCGGCGGCGGCGACGUGCGCGCGCGAGCCCGCGUGUCGUGCACGGGGCGGCGCGCGCCGCCGGAAAAGAGGGGGACGGCGCGGCGUGGCGCGCGCGCGCGCGCGCUGCUCUGUGGGGCCGCCCGGCGCGGCAAACGUCUUUUCUUUCGCGCGGCGACGGCGGCGCGCAGCCGGGAGCCCGCGCGCUGGACCGUGUUCGUGCACGCUCAGGCGCACCGCAGGGUCCUCGGCCGAAUGCCGGCGGCGCACGCGCUCACGUUGGCCCACCUGGAGCAGCUGCUGGUGGGAGCGGCGGGCGCCGGGUCGAGCGCGGUGGCGACAGAGCGCAGUCUGCGCGCAGCUCUGCGCGCGGGGGCGGCGGCGGUGUUUAUGGACGGCGUGGACGAGCUGUGCCCGGCCUUCAAGGACAAAGUGCUGCGCCUGCUGCAGCUGCUGCUGAUGGAGACGCGGGCGGCGCCCGUGUGGGUGUCCUCGAGACCGGAGGUGAAUAAGUACGUGCUGGGCGGGACCUGCGUGUCGUUGACGCCGCUGACGCGCGAGGAGCAGUGCCGGUUCCUGACGGCGCGCUUCGCCCACGACCUCCGCCCGCGCAGCGCGCUCGCCCCGGAGAGCGCGGAGCGCCUCUUGGACGCCAUUGCCAACCACGUCCCCGCAGACUCCGAGGCAGGUGGCGGCUGGGCGCUGGAGCUGUACGAGCUCUUCCGGAAGUUCGUGCGACUCAAGGAGGACGAGUACCUGGAGAAGCACGGCUUCCGCGACGCCAACCUCGAGUGCGCGCCCUUUUUCCAGGACGACUACUUUUCGCGGAUUCAUCAGAACUGCGCCAUGAUCUUGCUGGUCUCAGACAAGCGGUUUGAAGAAGUGGACCCGCAGCCCUUUCAGGCGUACGUGGACGACAACCUGGAGGUCCUCCAAAGGAUGAAGACGGGCGUCAUGUGGCUGGACGACGACCGCGCGCCCCGCUUCGUCCACUACACGCUCGUCGAGUACUUCGCGGCGGCGUGGCUCAGCGCCAACGUGGCGUCGCAGCGGGAGGAGACGGCGGCGGUGGCGCGGGCGGUGGCGCGCUCUUUGAUUGCGAGAGCGGCGCCUGGAGACGGUGGGGGCGACGGCGGCGGCGGCGGAGGCGUGCUGUUGCACUUCCUGGACGAGAUGCUGGCGGAGCUGCUCACGGCGGACCACGCGGUGCUUCCCGCGACCCACACAGACACCGUGGGUAUGAAAGCAGACACUCCUUCACACGCGGGCAACGCUGAAUCGGAAGGAGGCCGGUUGCCGAACACCGCCGCCGGGGUCAGCUCCCCAAAUGUGGUGGAUUUGCUGUUUGCUCCGGAAGCUGGGGAGUGCGCCGGAAGCGCUAAAGGAAAAUCCACCCUCCACCUGGCGGCGGUCCACGGACUUGCAGCGUGCGCGCGCGCCAUCAGCAGAGACGCAGCCUUCGUCCACAGCACGGACGACGCCGGCAGGACACCACUGCACGACGCAGCCAGCGAAGCGACGGCGCUGGCUCUGGCGGCGGGCGGCGGCCACGCGGACUGCGUCGACCUCCUGCUGAAGAGAGGGGCGAGCGUGGCGGCGGCCGACCUGGCCGGGCACACGCCGCUUCACCCAGCGGCCGAAGGCGGCCACCUGCACGUCGUCUACUACCUGCUCAAGGCCCGCGCGGACGCCAACGCCAAGUCCGCGGACGGCGAGACGCCGCUGGCGCUCGCGAUCGGCAACGGGCACGCCAACUGCGCCGUGUACUUGCUGAAAGGCGGCGCCGACGCCAACGCGGCCGACGUCCGCGGGCGCGCGCCUAUCCACACCGCGGCCCAGGCAGGGCGAGUGGGCCUGGUCGACCUGUUGCUCAAGGCCGAGGCGGACGUGAGCGCGCGAACGGCCGACGGCAGGACGCCGCUAGCUCUGGCGGCAGCCGGCGGGCACACGGACUGCGUCAACAUCCUGCUGCUGUACGGGGCGGACGUUCGCGCUGCAGAUUUUCAAGGUCGCACGCCGCUGCACGCGGCCGCCCAAGGCAGGCACCUGGACGCCGUCUACCGCCUGCUCAGGGCCGGAGCCAGCGUCAACGCGCGGUCCCACGACGGGAAGACGCCACUCGACCUCGCGGCCGGCGACGGCCCCCGCCUUCGACAAGAUGGCGCCGAGGGGAGCUCUUUGCCGACUCGGCUGCCGGCGGCCCAGAAGGACGAGCAGGGCGACGGACGAUUAUGA